UACACAUCAGGACCAAAACCUACUUGUUGGCAUGUGUUGUAUGGGCACUGUGGUAAAUAUGUGGGUUACUGUAGCAAUUCUAGCUCUUUUUGUGCAUUUAAACUGUUUAAGCAUUACAGCAGCAUAUUCAUGGAGUCCACAAACUGCAAAGCAACCUCAAUUACCAGAAGUUCCUGGUCCACAUCAUCGUGAGAUCUAUGAUAUCUAUGACUCAAAGCCUGUAGAGACCUCUGCUAAAUGCAGAGUGGAUGAUGUUGACCAGGUUCUUUGUGGGGAACCUGGUAUAGAUGCUGCUCUGUGUGGUGCUAUAAACUGCUGUUUUGAUGGGCUGCAGUGUUACUAUGGGAAAACUGUGACUGUCCAGUGCACAAUAGAUGGCCAGUUUGUGUUGGUAGUGGCCAGGGAUACAACACUACCCAGACUGAGCCUGGAUUCAAUCUUCCUGUUGGGAGGAAGUGAUGCCCCCUGCAGUGCUGUGGAUUCCAAUGCUGACUUUGCUAUCUACCAGUUUCCUGUAACUGCUUGUGGCACAAGAGCAAUGCAUCUAGGUGACCAUGUGGUCUAUGAGAACAAAAUGUCCUCCUCCUAUGAAGUUGAAGUGGGACCCCUUGGUGCGAUCACAAGAGACAGCCACUAUGAGCUUUACUUCCAGUGUAGGUAUGCUGAUGCAGCUGUUGCAGCACUGGCUGUGCAGCUUUCCUCAAGUAAUCCUCCUAUGCCUGUAGCUGCUUCUGGACCUCUCAGGGUAGAACUAAGACUAGGCAGUGGUCAGUGUGUCACAAAGGGCUGUGUGCAAGCACAAGCAGCCUAUGCAUCAUACUACAGUGAUGCUGACUACCCUGUGACUAAGGUUCUGAGGGAGCCUGUGUAUGUUGAGGUACGCAUCUUGGGGAGGACGGAUCCCAAUAUUGCGCUGGUCUUGGGACGUUGCUGGGCAACCUCUUCCUCUCACCCCUUCAGCACUCCUCAGUGGGACCUUCUGGUGGAUGGGUGCCCAUACCAGCAUGACCGCUACCUGACUACUCUCAUUCCAGUUGAUGGGUUGUCUGGACUUCAGUUCCCCAGCCAUUACAAGCGCUUUGUCCUGAAGAUGUUCACGUUUGUGGAUUCUACCUUCUGGGCUCCCUUGCAAGAAAGGGUCUACAUUCAUUGUAGUGCAGCUGUAUGUCAACCAACUCUAUUUGAUGCCUGUGAGCCAAGAUGCACCAGACACAGGAGAGAUGUUGCUGCAGCUGAUUGGAAAUCCCCUCAUGAUUCAGUCAUAGUGUCCAGUGGCGAGGUCAUCUUUACCAGGAAGCCCUAAUCUGCUCCAGCUGAGCCUUGAUGUCAUUUAGAAUCAUUUAAUAAACUGUUUGAAAUGUCA